CAUGGCAGACUAGUCAGUUAGUUCUGUGUUGACUGCGGUUCGAGAAGGUUGACAGUUUUUCAUUUUGGCUCGCCCGAAAUCGGUAGACUACCACAAGAAGCGGUUUUGGAUUUCUGAUUUCUAUUCGAUCCGAUCAAGUUGACUAUACACGAGAUCCAAUCGAGAGAAAAUUUUGAGCCUAAACCAACAGCUACCUUUUUCCCCGACCAAAUACGAUAUAUAUACGACAAUAAAGCAACUCGUUUUCGAAUCGCAACGUACCAAGCGCAUUAUUUAUCAGAAAUAUUAUUUAAAAAAGUAUCAACAAAGUCUCGUUAAAAAAUGGCUUUAGAAAAAAUCGCCAUGACCCAGCGAGCGAUGGUUGAAGAACAACAAGAACGAAUUGGAAACCAAAAGUGGACUCAAUACUUAGCUGCCUUUAUUGCGACGAUUGGAGGGUUCAUCGCGGGUACAGCCCUAGCAUGGACAGCUCCAGCCGGUCCAAUGAUGGAAAACAAUCAGUAUCCGUUCAUUAUUUCAAGUGAGAGUCUCGCGUGGAUAGGAGCGUGUAUGCCACUUGGUGCCAUGCUUGGAUGUCCAGUUACCGCUGGCCUAGUCGAUAAAUUGGGACGUAAAAACAUGAUGUUAAUGUUGUGCAUUCCAACACUUAUUGGUUGGGCAAUGAUAAUAUGGGCGGAAUCUGUGGCAUGGAUCUGUGCGGGCAGACUUUUGACUGGGUUCGCCAGUGGAUCGUUGUCUGUAAUUGUACCUCUGUAUACUUCUGAAAUAGCCGAAAAUGAAAUUCGUGGUACUUUGGGUACAUACUUCCAGUUACAAGUUACCGCAGGAAUUUUAUUCACCUAUAUCGUAGGAUCUUAUUUCAAUAUAUUUAGUUUGACUCUUAUUUGUGCUAUUAUUCCAAUCGUAUACGUGGCUCUGAUGAUUUUAAUUCCCGAAAGCCCAAACUUCCAUCUCAUGAAAGGAAACGUCGAAAAAGCUCGUUUAUCUUUGAGAUAUUUCCGCGGACCAUAUGGCACAGUGGACCAAGAAUUGUCUAUAAUGCAAGACUCAUUGGCUAAGACUGAAAGGGAAAGAGUUCCGAUAAUGGAAGCAUUCCAAACAACUCCAGCUAAACGCGGUUUGUUUAUUGGUCUUGGAGUUAUGCUUUUGCAACAAUUUUCUGGAUGCAAUGCUGUCAUAUUCUACGCUACAUAUAUCUUUAAAGAAUCUGGAAGCGCAAUGGAACCAAAUAUGUCCACAAUUAUCGUUGGUGUUAUGUCGGUAAUUGCCACAUAUAUCUCUACACUGAUCGUUGACAGAUUAGGAAGGAAAAUUCUCCUUUUGGGCUCAAUUAUUGUUAUGGGAAUUUGUACGUUGUUAAUUGGCGGUUUCUUCUUCUUGAAGGCUAACGAAUAUAAUGUAUCAUCAAUUGGAUUUAUUCCACUUGUGUCCAUGUGUGCUUUCAUAGUUCUGUUCUCUCUUGGUUUUGGUCCUAUCCCAUGGAUGUUGAUUGGUGAAAUCUUCCCGGCACAAAUCAAAGGUACCGCUUGCUCGAUCGCCUGUAUGGCCAACUGGUUUUUCGCUUUUAUCGUCACAAAAUUCUUUUCGUCGUUGGUAUCUGCCAUUCAUAUAUACAAUACAUUCUGGUUAUUCACAUUUUUCUCCGUGUUGGGUACGUUCUUCGUAAUUUGCAUUGUUCCUGAGACCAAAGGCAAGUCGAUGGAUGAAAUUCAAGAAAUGCUCGGCGGAGGCAACGAUCUCACACCACCAACACAUGCCAAUGUUUCCAUCGACACCAAAGGAAAAUACAACUUGUAUGGUGAAAAAAGUCCACUUGUUAACAAGACAGUUCCUAAAUCUAUAACAACAGCUCAACGAAUUGCUGCUGAGAGCAUGGAAUCUCAAGUACAAACUCAAAAAGGAAAUCAGUAUUUGGCCGCAUUAAUUGUUACUAUUGGCGGGUUCAUCAUGGGUACGACACUUGGAUGGACAGCUCCUGCAGGUCCUAUGAUGGAAAAUGGCCAAUAUAAAUUCCAAAUUACUGUGGAAAAUGUUUCAUGGAUAGCGUCAGUCAUGCCACUUGGUGCCAUGCUUGGAUGUCCAGUUAUGGCUGGUCUAGUCAACAAAUUAGGACGUAAACAUCUUAUGAUAAUGUUAACCAUACCUACACUUGCUGGUUGGGCAAUGAUAAUAUGGGCUAAAUCUGUGGUAUGGAUUUGUGCCGGAAGAUUUUUAACUGGAUUUUCUAGUGGUUCAUACUCUGUUAUUAUACCUCUCUAUACUUCAGAAAUAGCUGAAAAGGAAAUUCGUGGUACUUUAGGUACUUAUUUUCAAUUACAAGUUAAUGCAGGAAUUUUGUUCACAUAUGUCAUGGGAUCCUAUCUUGAUGUAUUUGGUCUAUCUGUUGCUUGUGCAAUCAUUCCAGUGAUUUAUUUAUACUUGAUGUUUUUAAUACCAGAAAGUCCAAUUUUCUAUCUUAUGAAAGGAAAUGUUGAAAAAGCUCGGUUAUCACUGAAAUAUUUCCGUAAACCUGUUGAUUGUGUAGAUCAAGAAUUAAAUACCAUGCAGAGUGCAUUAGCUAAAACUGAAAGGGAAAGAGUUCCAAUCAUGGAAGCAUUCCAAACUACACCCGCUAAACGAGGAUUGUUCUUGGGUCUUGGAGUUAUGGUUUUCCAACAGUUUAGUGGAUGUAAUGCUGUUAUAUUCUAUGCUACAACCAUCUUCAAUGCAACUGGGAGUUCAAUUUCAUCAAAUACCUCCACAAUUAUUAUUGGCAUAAUGGCUGUAGUAUCUACUUAUGUAUCUACACUAGUUGUUGAUAAAUUGGGACGAAAAAUUUUACUGUUGUAUUCUGUUAUUGCAAUGGGAAUUUGUACAUUCCUUAUUGGUGGAUUUUUUUAUGCAAAAGAAUCCAAUUUCAAUAUUUCAUAUAUUGGAUUUAUUCCAUUGAUGUCUUUAUGUAUAUUUAUAAUAUUAUUCUCCAUUGGUUUUGGUCCAAUCCCAUGGAUGUUAAUGGGUGAAAUAUUCCCAGCUCAAAUUAAAGGUAUUGCUAGCUCAAUAGUUUGCAUGUCAAACUGGCUUUUUGUUUUCUUGGUUACCAAAUUUUUCACAUUAUUGGUAUCUGCGAUUUAUUUAUACAACACAUUUUGGCUAUUCACAUUAUUCAGUGUAUUGGGAACAUUCUUUGUGGUGUUUAUUGUGCCUGAAACCAAAGGCAAGACCAUGGAAGAAAUUCAAGAACUGCUUGGAGCUGAUCUUAUUCCACUAUUAACAGAAAAUCAUAAUGACUAUUUGUUAUUAGGAUUAUUAUUGUCAAAACUAUUUCUAAAAAUCGUCCUUUCCGGUUUAAUUAUGAACACUUUAACGUCCGAUGAAGCCGAAGGAUCAGAUGGAAUAUACAAGAAUGGAAAUGGUCAAGAUAAAAUUUCACCGCUAAAGGAAGUGUAUAGUGAACAGAGUCCUAUUGGUGACAAAACAUUAUAUCAAACUAUAAGUUUGCCUCAUAAUGUAGGCUGUGAAAAAACACAAUACAGAACUCAAUAUUUAACCACUUUAAUUGUAACUAUUGGCGGGUUCAUUAUGGGCACAACACUAGGAUGGACGUCUCCAGCCGGUCCAAUGAUGGAAAAUGGCCAAUAUGGCUUUCAGAUUACUGAUAAUGACGUUUCAUGGAUUGCAUCAUGCAUGCCACUUGGUGCCAUGCUUGGGUGUCCAUUUGUGGGUAGUCUAGUGAACAAAUUGGGACGUAAACGUCUGAUGAUAAUAUUGACUGUCCCCGCGCUCUUUGGAUGGGAGAUGAUAAUAUAUGCUAACUCUGUGGCAAUAAUCUGUGUUGGUAGAAUUCUAACUGGAUUUGCUAGUGGCUCAUACUCUGUGAUAGUACCGCAAUACACCUCUGAAAUAGCUAAUAAAGAAAUACGUGGAACUUUGGGUACUUAUUUUCAGUUACAAGUAUUUUCAGGUAUCUUGUUCACCUAUGUCUUAGGAUCUUAUUUAGAUUUAUUUGGUCUAUCUAUUGCUUGUGCAAUAGUUCCAGUGGUCUAUUUAUGUUUGAUGUUUUUAGUACCAGAAAGUCCAAUUUUCUACCUAUCAAAAGGAAACAUUGCUCAAGCUCGAUUGUCAUUGAAAUAUUUCCGCAGACCUUUUGGUCAGGUGGACCAAGAAUUAAACGCAAUGCACGAGUCUUUGGCUAAAACCGAAAGAGAAAAAAUUCCAGUCAUGGAAGCAUUCAAAACUACACCAGCUAAGCGAGGGCUAUACUUAGGUCUUGGGGUUAUGGUUUUUAUGCAGUUUACGGGAUGUAACACUGUUAUUUUCUAUGCCACAACUAUCUUUAAUGCAACUGGUAGCUCAAUAAGUUCAAAUGCAUCUACAGUCAUUGUUGGUAUAAUGGCAGUUUUGUCUACGUAUGUGUCAACACUUGUUGUUGAUAAAUGGGGACGAAAGAUUCUACUUUUAUAUUCUGUUGUUGCAAUGGGAAUUUGUACAUUUUUCAUUGGUGGGUUUUUCUAUGCGAAGGACCACAAUUAUGACGUUUCAUCAAUUGGAUUUAUCCCAUUACUGUCGUUGUGCGUAUUCAUAAUAUUAUUUUCAGUUGGUUUCGGUCCAAUCCCAUGGAUGUUAAUGGGUGAAAUAUUUCCAGCUCAAAUUAAAGGCAUUGCUAGCUCCAUAGUGUGUAUGGCAAAUUGGUUCUUUGUAUUCUUGGCUACCAAAUUUUUCACGUCAUUGGUAGCUCUUAUUUAUUUAUACAACACAUUCUGGCUCUACACUCUGGUUUGUAUAUUGGGCACAUUCUUUGUGAUAUUUAUUGUUCCCGAAACUAAGGGUAAGACAUUGGAAGAAAUUCAGUUGUUGCUUAGUGCAUAAUCUGUACUGUUAUCACCAAAAAACUUUGGAUGUAAACAUUUUCCUUACACCCAACUACUUAAGCUGUGAUGUAUAUUUAUUUUGUCUAUAAAGUUAUUACAUUAAUUAGCUUUAUAAUUUUUUUAAAAGAUAACUUACUUUUGUAAAAAACUUUUAUAAAUUUAGAAUAUUCUUUGAUGUCCAAUUUAUUUUUAAUGAAAUUUUUAAUUAAUGUUUAAAAGUAUAUCUAUAUUAAAAUUUAUAUAAUAGUUUAAUGUUUACGAUGUGUUACAACAGUUUUUAAUUUUAUUUUUUUAUAAACAGAUCUUUUUAAAUUAAAAUAUAUCAUAAUACCUAUGUUUUUAAUUUAUAUAAUUUUUACUUAUAUUUAAUUGCUUAUGCAAUCAUUUAUUGCAUAUCAAGAAGAUACUUAUUUCUCACCAUGUACCACCAGUGAGUUUCUAAAUUAAAAUAAUAAACAAAGAAUUAUUGCAUUGGUGUACAUAUCUAUAGCAUUGUUUAACCUAGCGGUUUCCAACCUGGGGUAUGCGUACCCCUAGGGGUACGUGUCAUGAUCUUAAGGAGUACGCAAAAAAAUUAUUUUUCGUUUAUUUAUAUUCUAAAUUGGUAAUAUGAGGUACGUAAAAUAGUGGUGAGAGAGGUCAAGGGGUACGUGAAUGAAAAAAGGUUGAGAACUGCUGGUUUAAUCAAUUGAAGAGUUAUUCAUUGCUAACUUGAUAAAUCUGGUUAAAUUUUAUUAAGGAUUCUAUAUAUGAGUUAUUUUAUACUUGUAAAAUAAUCCGAUUUUAAUGUAUAUUUUAUUUGUUUUUCAAAAGAGACAAGAUUGUAUAACGCCUUAAUAUUGUUCCUUCUUAAAUAUGUAUAAACAAGGAUAUUUACUGAAUUGUCAUCAUAAUUAAUUAACUUUAUUAAAGUUCUAGUUGAAUUAUUUA